AUGGAGUCCGGCGCAAAGCCGUUGGUCGACGUCGACCGAUGGCCAUACGAACGCUCCCACCUCGGACUCAACACCACCGACGUCGGCAUCUUCAAAUCAACCAUCCUCCCCUCAUUCGCGCUCCACUCCAGCUUCUCCGUAGCAGCCUACGCCCUCUCCAGAGCGACCGACCGCGGCGAAAUCAAAGACUACUUCUGGCCCCUCAGCCAAGUCGCCAACGCCUGGUGGAGCGCCGUCGGCGAACCAAUGUACCACAACAACCUCACCUUCUCCAGCGCCAUGAACGCCAUCCCCUGGACCGAAAAGGUCCUGCUAUCCUGCGUCACAGCCUGGGGCAGUAGACUCUUCUACCGCAUCGUGUCGCGCUCGCUCGCCCGCGGCAGAGACGACCCGCGCUACGAGGAGCUAAAGGCUAAGGACCCUGGCUUCUGGAACUCGGCGCUCCUCAAAUCGUAUCUCCCCGAAGCGGCCUUCCUGACUCUCAUCACGCUGCCCUUCACCGUUCCCUUCCGGAUGAGCUGGUCGAGCGUGUCGUUCGACGCAGAGACCUCCGGCAUGCUUCGCGCCCUGGGCGUCGGGCUCUUCAGCGCAGGCUUCGCGAUGGAGGCGCUGGCCGAUACGCAGCUGGAGCUGCACCGCAAGGAGCGCGAUGAUCUCUGCCGUCAUGGCGUGUGGAGCAUCGUCCGUCAUCCAAACUACCUGGGCGACACCCUCGUGCACCUCUCAUUCGUUGUCCUCAACGCUGCAAACACAUUCAACCCGCUUGUCCUGCUCGGUCCGGUCGCAAACUACGUCUUCCUACGGUUUGUUGGCGGCGAUGCGCAGAAUGAGGCGAGCCAGGAGGAAAGGUACAGAAUGCAGGAUCCCCACAAGUAUGCGCAGCUGCAGGCGUGGCGGCGUGAGAAGAACAGCUUCUGGCCUGGGUUGUCGGAGCUGGCGAAUCCGUGGACGUGGGCUGUUGUUGCUAGUGGGCUUGUGGGUGUUGUUGUUGAGGAGAUGGUGCGUUCCUCGUUGGGUCAGUAG